GGAACUAAGCAGAGAACUAGUUCGAAUAAUUGACCCAGAGGGAGUGGAAAGACGAAAACGCCAUAGACUGAGACGCCGCCAAUACAUUUCGAGGGGCCCAAACUAUGUAUGGCAUUUGGAUGGAUAUGACAAGCUUGCUCCCUAUGGGAUCUAUAUACAUGGAUGCAUAGAUGGUUUCAGCAGGAAGGUGAUGUGGUUAAAGGCAGGAAUUACAAACAAAAGACCAGAAGUUAUUGCAUCAUACUUCAUAGAAGCAGUCAACCAAGAAGGUGGGUUCCCUCUAAGAGUCCGAGGUGACAGAGGCACUGAAAAUGGAGCAGUGGCAGCAGUUCAAAGAGCUCUUAGGGACAGUAAACGAGCUUUUUUAUAUGGACGAUCCACAUCUAAUCAGCGCAUUGAGAGAUGGUGGGGUUACUUGAGAAAUGCACGGGCAGACUACUGGAUGAAUGAAAUCAAGCUGUUGGAGAGGGACAAUAGAUUGGAAAGGGCAGAUCCUAUACAAAGAUUAUGCCUGCAAUAUGCACUCCUGCCAUUUAUUGGAAGGCAGCUGGAUGAAAUUAAGCAUCUCUGGAACACCCAUUCUAUUCGCAAUCAAAGAGUGGGGGAUACACUUCCUGGCAUUCCGGACAUUCUGCAUACACAAGUAGAAUUAUAUGGUGUGGAAGAUUACAAAAACGCCUGCUCGAUGCAAGAAAUGCAAUAUCUGCACCAGGAAUAUGAAAAUGAUUUUUUAAAUUUAGAUGGAGAAUUUUUAGAGAUAGUGGAGCAGGUCAGAGAAAUAAACAAUCUACCAGAUCCAGUACAAAUUUCCCACUUUCAGGAGGCCAAAGAUCUCUAUGUACAGCUGUCUUCUUACAUAAAUAACUUGUAAUGUUUUUUCUUUAGAAAAAACUGUACCUUGUUCAUUAUUUUAUAUCUGUGUCUUGGUAAUUGUUGAAGUAUUUUGUAUGAAAUCAUAUACAUGUAUCUUCGAAAUAUAUUUAAAUAUAUAUAUAUACCUACCAAGAAACUGUUGACUUGCUAAUGACAAUUGAUAAAAAGCUUGUGUACUUUUAGGUUUCAAAUUCAGUUUUCAUUUUUAAUCACCUACA